GAGGAUCAAAGUCCAGCUGGAAGGAGCACAAAUAGACUUGCUCUCAUUCUGACAAUCCACACUGCAGGACAAUCAGCACUUUGUGUUUCCAGACAUGAAAGUUGUGCUCAGUCUGCUUGUGUUGGCGUCGCUCCUUCUCAAUGGAAGUGAUGCAGCGGGGGAACAAACACCCUCAGAGGACGCUUUAAAAGAGCUGUCCCAGGCUGGAGAGGAGGUGGUGGGCGAGGAGGUGAGGCGAGCGUUGUACGGCGUCAAUCAGAUGAAGGAGGUGAUGUGGAGGAACGAGCAGAAGCACAAGCACCUGAUGAAGUCUCUGCAGCACAGCAGCGACAAGAAAAAGGGGGCGGCACAGCUGGCUCAGGAGGUGUCCGGGAAGCUGCAGGAGGCCGAGGAACACUGCAGGACCUCCUUCCAGUCCGAGUGGGAUCAGUGCAGACCCUGCUUGGAGGACGCCUGCAAAUCCUUCUUCAGCAGCACAUGUCGCAGAGGCUUUGCCACUUUCCAAAGCAAAGUGGAGAACUUUUUCCACAGGGUGUCCCGACACUUCAGCUUCAGUGAACCCCAACUGGAAGCGGGUGACAUCCUGGUGAACCAAGACCCAGAGGACCCUGACCUAGAGGUGGUCCGCAUCCAGGACUCCUUUACCCGCCUGAGCCGUAAAGUGGGGAUGCUGGUGAACAACAGCGUGGCCUUGGCCUCCAGGAUGAGUGACAAGCUGGACCGAGCUCUCCAGAAGGCUCUACUGAGCGGGGCCCUCGUCCCCACCACCGUCACCACCGCAGACCCCGACGACACAGCCCGCGACUCGGCCUUUCUGCAGGGGGUGGGCUUGGAGGAGGUGCUGGACUCCUUCUUGGACUUUGGCCGCAGCGUGGUGGAGGAGUUUGGGGCGGUGGUGACGCAGGUGUUUGAUGACCUGCAUGGGACACAGGUGGAUGACAAAAAGAGAGAGAAAAGCGUCCCCCCGCGCUUCCUGCGGAACCGGAAGCUGUGCCGAGACCUCCGCAAGCAGUCGUCCGAGUGCUGGCAGCUCCAGAACCGGUGUGAAGCCUGCCGGGGUGCCUUGCUCACAGAGUGUCCCGGCGUGAGGGAGCUCCACGUGGAGCUGGACCAGGUGUCCCAGCUGAUGGGCGUGUCCACGGAGCAGUACGAGGAGAUCCUGUCCAUCGUGCGGCGGCACGCCGACGAGACCACCAGCUGGCUGGGCGACAUGGUCGCAGAGUUCGGCUGGGUGGCGCAGGCGGCGGCCGACGGCAGUGGACCACAGAACCUUUUCCACGUCACCAGGGUGGCACCAAAGAGCCAAGACCUCAAUUUGUCAGCAGCAGAGACCCAAGUGGAAGUGAACAUCCUCAACUCUCCCUCCUUCAUCCUUUCCGUGCCGAGGGAGCUGGACCUGCAGGAGCCGCCGGCCUUCAUCCAGUAUGUGGUCCAGGAGGCUCUGGGGAAGUACAGGGACUUGGUCAGGUACGAGACCGAGGAGUAGACGACGGCCAAUCCCAGAGCUCCGUAGAACUGCACAGUUAGAAGGAUUUAACAACCAAACCAGACUUCUUACCUGCCGCCGGCUGAAGUAGACGCAGAAACAUUCCAACAAAGCUUGAUUUGACGCAAAACCUAAAUUGUCAAGUAAACAGUUUAUUUUUUUUUCCUGUACAAAAAUUCUAUUAGCAUUUUCUGUCAAUAGUUCAAGUCCUAACUUUAGGAACAAUCACAUAUUAGGUUCUCAACAUAAAACAGAAUUAAAAAAUACAAUAAAAAAAGUUAACAUCUUUGUCCAAGUUAUUCUUACGCUAUGUUCCCCCAUCACUGGACAGACAGUAAACAUAGUUUAAGUUAUGUUUGAGUUGAUGGAACAUAAACUGACAUUACACGACAAAGAAAACUCAAAUCCAUUGAUGUUUUUGAAUGUGUGCUAGGUCAGACAUGACACUGUGCUUUCCACGCCCAUACAAUAAUAAUACAACACCUGCAUGGUCACAAGAAACAUUGUUUUUGUUUUUUUUUUGCUUGAAAGUUAGUUUUUGCAUGAAGAUGCUGUCAGUUUGAAAUGCAUUAAAAAAAAAAAGGUAGAAAAGUCAUCUUGUCAUUCAUCCACCCGCUCGCACUUUCUACAACACAUCUUCUGCACAUUUGUCCCCCGCGUACACUCCUGCCAACACAACAAACUACUGUACAUAUUAGAGAUGCGCGGAUAGGCAAUUAUUUCAUCCGCAACCGCAUCACAAAAGUCGUCAACCAUCCGCCAUCCACCCGAAUUUAACAUUUAAUCAACACCGCACCCGCCCGUUGUUACCGUAUUUUCCGCACUA